AUGUGCGAUCAUUGCAGAACUUUCAAACCCGUGCUAGAAGAAACAGUCGGCCCGAGGACUUUUGAAAUACCGAAACCCGUAUUCAGCGCACAGCCGAUACCAUCUAGACCGUAAGUGACACCCAAGAAAUUCCCUGAAGCAUCUGCAUCUAAAUUCCUCUUAACAAAAUUCGCUGGGGAAUCGUUUACCAUUUACGACAGGCCGCGAAAUGUCAACGACAAGGGUUGCUGUGACUGGAGGAGAACAUGCUGCGACGGAAAAUGUUGCAGUACUAUCGGGAACUGCUGCGCGCCUCCGCAAGGGUAUGAGCAUCUAUCGCCCGAAAACCAGGCUGCGCCGUCACCCGCCACUGCUUACAACAGCUACGGCUACGCGUCGUACAGUUACAGUCAGCCGCCGAUACCCAGCUAUUCCUUUUCAAUGACCGGCGGUGCGAUGCCUGACAGGGUGCCCUGCGUGACGACUAAAGAGAAGAAACUGCCUAUGUGUUUCGGUGGCGACUGUCAGGAUUCACCCGAAUGCACCGGCAUAUCCAACGGCAACGCAGCGAACGACGAGCAAUCGAUGCCGAGGGAAUCGGAGCGAUAA